AUUAGGCAACAUCCUUAUCAGCAACGAUAAGAUAAUGACCGGAGAAGUCUUAGGGGUCUCGUUUUCGUUGAAGCGCUUACAGAAAUGGUGCUCGUUAUCAUCUUCGAAUUCUCGCUUGUUUUCUGCUUCCCUUGACAGAUACGAAUUGUCAUUCUGAUACAAUUGUGUUUGUCUUGUUUAUCAGCAGAAUCUCGCAUUUGCAGGAACCUCAUCGAAUAGGGAAGUCGCAAGACUUAGUUAAAAGUCUAAAAAGGAAACAUUAAGCCUUUGAUUAUGCGGGGAAAGCCAAAGGCUCACUUUGCAUAGAACCAUAUAUUUUGUUUCGCAAAAGAGGAAGAAGCACAUCAUCGAAAUGACAGUGCUUUGGAAGCAUAUUGCCCGACGAUGGUAUUCCGGUGGUGGUACAGCAUUUGCCAGAAAAUGGAUUUACGCAAAAACGUUUAAAGGUGAACCGUCGCACGGUAAUUUCCGACUGGAGACAGAACCUAUUCCAGCAACGUUGCAAAAAGGCGAGUUUCUGGCCCAGGCCGAAUACCUUUCGGUCGAUCCGUAUAUGCGCCCAUACAUGCUCGCCUACCCGGAAGGUUCACUAAUGAUUGGUGGCCAGAUAGCACAGGUGACGAAGAGUGCCAAUGAACAGUUUCCCGUUGGGGCCCGCGUCUUCGGGCAGUUCGGUUGGCGAACGCAUACCGUCUGUGAUCCAGCGAGGGAGGAAAAGGAUAAACCAUAUGUAUUGCCAGAUUUUGGGCAGUAUCCCACCAGCCUUGGCUUGGGCAUUCUCGGUAUGCCCGGAAACACCGCAUACUUUGGAUUACAGGAACUUUGCCAACCAAAAGCGGGAGAAACGGUUGUGGUAAGCGGUGCAGCCGGAGCAGUGGGAAGUGUGGUAGGACAGAUCGCGAAGAUUAAAGGCUGCCGCGUAAUCGGGAUUGCCGGAUCGGACGCAAAAUGCGAAUGGCUGCAAAAAGACCUUGGGUUCGACGGUGUAAUCAAUUACAAGCGGGCAAACGUAUACGCCGAGCUGAAGACCGCUGCUCCAAAGGGAGUUGAUUGUUAUUUCGACAACGUCGGCGGGGACAUAACAGAGACGGUGCUGAAGCAGAUGAACGUGUACGGGCGAAUUGCGGUGUGCGGUGCAAUCUCAAAUUAUAAUAACGCCGUUGCCAAAGUUACCGAUCCGCAGCGACAGUUUGUCUUUAAACAGCUACGUAUGGAAGGAUUUCUUGUCUGGCGUUGGAACGACCGAUGGCUGGAGGGCAUCGAAGCGAACCUGCGUUGGAUACGGGAGGGUCGUCUUACGUUCCAGGAAACUGUCACAGAGGGUUUUGAUAAGAUGCCAGAUGCUUUUAUCGAUAUGUUGCGUGGCGGUAACACAGGCAAGGCCGUGGUGAAAGUGUAG